UCUUGUUUCCUGGAGUACUGCAGCGACGGAGGGCUGCAUCGAAAAAAGGAAAAAUUACUGCUCGUGCGUUGGCAAUUACCUCUAAACCAAUUCUGCAGUAAAAACAUUUCUGCCAAAUGUUGGAGUCCGAUGUGAUGGGUAACUCUAAGCCCAGUUCACUCUUCUCGCCAUAAAGGAUGCCUGUCCGAUGAUUGCCACCGUCAUUGUGGUUUAUCUCCUGUGGUGACUCCAGACACAAGAGUUUUCUUCCCUGCUGCAUCUUGAGACACACUGAUCUCACCACUCCUGCAAUUCCCAUCAGUGUUCGGCGCCCCACUUGCCCCUUUUGCCUCUUUCUUCUCUCAGUAAGUAUCCUUGAAGACCGACCGGUGGACCCACAAUGGAGGACACUUACAAUAACAGGACUUCCCUGGCUAAGGGGGCCAAGGACAUAGUCAAGGAGGCCAAGCGGCAUGCGACAAAGAAAGUCAGCAAGGUGGUGGACCGCGCCACAGACGAGUACUCAUCCCACCACAACUACAACCGAUUCCAGGACGAGGAGGACGAAGACGAGGAUUUCUACCGGAACCCCCCGAGGCCGGACGGCGAUGGCUACCACGAGAACGAGGAGGGCUCCAGCGAUGCGACAGAAGGCCACGACGACGAGGACGAGAUCUAUGAGGGAGAGUACCAGGGGAUCCCAUCGGCAGGAGACAGGAAGCAGAGGGAGGGCCAGGUGGCGCUGGGGCAACCAACGUCAGAUGCAAACAGGGACCGUAAGGGACUGGAGCAGGAGAGACAGGCCGACGAAGAGGAGCUGGCCCAACAGUACGAGCUGAUCAUCCAGGAGUGUGGUCAUGGCAGAUUCCAGUGGCAGCUGUUCCUGGUGCUCGGGCUGGCCCUCAUGUCCGACGGGGUGGAGGUGUUUGUGGUGGGCUUUGUGCUGCCCAGCGCAGAGACGGACAUGUGUGUGCCCAACUCCAGCUCGGGAUGGCUCGGCAGUGUCGUUUACUUGGGGAUGAUGGUCGGAGCGUUUUUUUGGGGGGGCAUGUCUGACAAAGUGGGCCGCAGACAGUGCCUCCUCAUCUGCAUGUCUACAAAUGGCUUCUUCGCCUUCCUGUCAUCUUUUGUCCAGGGGUACGGCGUCUUCCUCCUCUGCCGCCUCGUAGCAGGCUUUGGGAUAGGAGGUGCUGUGCCCAUUGUGUUCUCCUUCUUUUCAGAGGUGUUGUCUAGGGAGAAAAGAGGAGAACACCUCAGCUGGUUGUGUAUGUUCUGGAUGAUUGGAGAGAUCUAUGCAUCUGCCAUGGCCUGGGCCAUCAUACCACACUACGGUUGGAGCUUCAGUAUGGGGUCAGCGUACCAGUUCCACAGCUGGAGGGUGUUUGUGGUGGUCUGUGCGCUGCCUUGUGUGUGCGCCGUGGUGGCAUUAACCUUCAUGCCUGAAAGUCCCAGGUUCUACCUUGAGGUGGGGAAGCACGAUGAAGCAUGGAUGAUCCUCAAACAGAUCCACGACACCAACAUGAGAGCGCGUGGGCAGCCGGAGAAAGUCUUCACCGUAAACAGGAUCAAAAUUCCUAAACAGCUGGAUGAACUGGUGGAAAUGGAUUCAGAGUCUGCCAACCGAGUUUCCAAGUUUUUCUUUCGGAUAAAGAUAGAAAUUUGUGGGAUCUAUCUGAAUGUCAGGAAGUGCUUCAACUACCCCAUGCGAGAAAAUAUGAUGCGACUUGCCAUAGUGUGGUUCACACUGUCAUUCGGGUAUUACGGCCUGUCAGUCUGGUUUCCUGAUGUCAUCAAACACCUUCAGGCGGAUGACUAUGCAUCCAAAGUGAAGGUACACAGCAACGAACGCAUUGAAGACUUCACCUUCAACUUCACCCUGGAGAACCAGAUACACAAGAAUGGCCUCUUCAUCAACGACCGAUUCAUCAGUAUGAAGCUGAGGUCCGUGACCUUCAUCGACUCCACCUUUCGCAACUGCUACUUUGAGGACGUCAAGUCGGUGGGCUCCUUCUUCCGUAACUGUACUUUUAUUGAUGCUUUCUUCUUUAACACAGACAUCGAUGAAUCCAAGUUGGUAGAUGGCACAGAGGUGGUCAACAGCACGUUCACCCACAACAAGAAAGGAUGCCAGAUGACGUUUGAUGACGACUACAGUGCCUACUGGGUAUACUUCAUCAACUUCCUGGGGACCCUGGCCGUUCUGCCCGGCAACAUUGUUUCCGCCCUUCUCAUGGACAAAAUUGGGCGUCUGUCCAUGUUAGGCGGCUCCAUGGUCCUCUCGGGCAUCAGCUGUUUCUUUUUGUGGUUUGGCACCAGCGAGUCCAUGAUGAUUUUUAUGUUGUGCCUUUACAACGGUCUGAGCAUCUCUGCCUGGAAUUCCCUCGAUGUGAUCACGACUGAGUCAUUCCCGACAGCCAGGAGAGGAACUGGCUUUGGGUUCUGCAACGCUCUGUGUAAACUGGCUGCGGUCUUGGGAAACCUGAUUUUCGGCUCUCUUGUCGGCAUCACAAAGGCCAUCCCCAUCCUCAUGGCCUCGUCUGUGCUCGUCGGGGGAGGACUGGUUGCACUGCGGUUGCCUGACACCAAGGCCAACGUCCUCAUGUAACACCAGCCUGCCCUUCACGAAUUGGGACGAAACCUUUAUCAAACCUGGGUUGAAGCUGAGAGGAUUCCCAAUGUGUGAGCGUGGAGUCCAAACGGCUUGGUUCACAGAUAUCUAACUCACAUUUCGCUAGUGUACCUUAUGUAAAGCUGGAUAGCUACUCACCCUUCUCACAGCGUGUUAUAAUUUGAACAUACAGUACACAUCCAAAUAAUUAGAUACCUCGUUAUUCAAUGAUAUGCUGAGCCUUUUUGUGUGAAUGUACUGUGUGGAGAGUUUGCACAUGUUUUGGUACGGAAACUUUAGUGGAGUUUUGAUCUGAUGACUGGUUUCCAUAGGUUAUGAGUGGGUCCCCUGCUUAGUUCGAGCUCAAGGCUUUUAAUAUUGAUAUAGUCCUAUUACGACGAGCCAGAUGGGGGGAAAAGAUUGGAAAACAAGCUGUAAUGAGCACAGCCAACCUUCUGUGUGACAACGUAGGGAAUACGUGAUCAGACAGAGCGGACAUACGACACAGCUGUAUGACAGCUGGCUUUCCCACAAGACAGGUACACAGGACAUGUUGUAGACGUCAGGCAGGAAGGCAACUUGAAAAUCAACACAUAAAGAAAAAACUCAACAGAUAUCCUUAAUGUGCAAAUACCUGUCCAGAAAUAGAUUUGUACUCACAUCUACCUACACUUUUCCCCCCCCGUACUCUGGCACCCAACAGGACACAAUGCUGAAUUGUCCUCGACAUGACAUUUGCUCAGACGUUUUCAACCUUUUCAACAUAGAUAAUUCACGUAUGAAGCCAAGCCCUUUGCAUUACCAGACCAAGAAUCUAAAGGCCAUUUUAAAUAAAUUGUAUUUUCUUUUACCAGUAAUUCUAUGGUAUGUUGAAUUUGAGGUGGAUAAAUAUUUUCUGCUUAUUGUUUUUGUGAUUUGUGGGAGUUGGAAUGAUGACUUAUUAAUUUUAUCCGAAUGUUAUUACUCCAAGUCUCCAUCCGUGUGUUGUAUUGUUGUGCAGAGGCUCUCUGAUGAGCUCUCCUUCUAAUUUGGUUUUGAGUUGCAUCUUCCUUGUGGCAGUAGCUUUAACAGUGGCAUGUCGCGCUAUUUCCUUUUAAAAUACUGAAUGGCCUUUGUUUAAAUGUGCCUCUCCGUAACUGGAGCAGUCUGUCCAUAGUCAUGUGAUGUCCAAAGGUCAUAAAACGCAGACAGAAACUGAAGAGGAGAUAAAUAGAUGAAAUAUUGAUGCCCUUUUUGUGAGUAGAGUAUAGAUGUGAGACGAUGUGGCCGGAAUCUUCACAAGAUGGGAAAUUCGUUUUUUUUGUCAAACCUCCUGAUCUCUUUUGACAAACAUCCCUAAUUAUUUUGCUCACGUAAUAAAGUCAUAACGAAGAUGGAUCAAAUAGUGUAAGUUACAGAGCAUAACUUCAAAGUAAUAACAAAUUAUGAAUAGCAAGCAUCGCUUCUUGAGGGCUUAUCAGUGAUAUUGUGAAAAGAACUUCUAAGCCAAUGUUUUGGCUUUUUCAGACUCAGCUCAGACUGCAGAGUCAUCAUUGAAAAAAUCAACUCAAAUUGUGUUAAUUGUCUAUUUGUAAAACAAAUAGAAAACUGGACGAUAAAUUUGAGCUUUGCCGUUUAUUGUAACAGCAGUUUAUUUAUUGUCUAAAAUCUCACACUUGAAAACAUGACCUACCUGGUUCUAGUACUAGUUAUCGACAUUCUGCUUAUCAAUAAAAAUCCUAACAUCACUUUGCUAUUUUGAACAUUUGUAACUAAUACAAUUGAUUUAGACAUUAUCUAAUGGAACACUUCCGUCGCUCUGAGUCGUGUUACUUUGUGCUCAUGGAUUGUGCUUUUUCUUUGUACUUCCAGCUGGUCCUCUUGCUUUUCUCUGUAUUUGUGUUAUCUGUGAUCGCAGCGUGGACGUAGUUUACCUUUGUGUAUAGUUGGCUCUUUCAAGGCUACUUGUCAAAACAACAAAAAAAUGCUUCCAAAAUGGUACUGUAUAUGUGCAUCCAUGCAGUUAAUCUAACAUGUUCUCAAAUUUAGUCAAAUCAGCUGGAAAAACUUUGUGAAUUGUGCAGCCGUUGCACAGCAGGUAUGUUUUGACUGUAUGUAUUAACAAUAAAUACAAAAAAAAUAAUACAGAUUCUAAAUGCACUGAUAUAAAAAGUGAUGACUUUGCCCAGUGUCAAUCCAACGCUGCGUCUGCGAGGAUACUAGAAGGGUUGACAUGCUUCUCAAUAAGUUAAAACAUCAAAGGCAGAUCUUUCUGUUCUGUCAUAUUGGAGAGAAAUUUCAUUGGCAGUUAUGUCUGGAGGUAUUGCUUGUAUGUACUGUAUUAGUGUGUGUGUGUGUGUGUGUGUGUGUGUGUGUGCAUAUGUGUGUAUAAGAGACAGUACUGGAUGUUUGCGUGGGCCUGCGUCUGUAUGAGUGUAAAUAAUGUAAAUAUCAAAGCUGAUAUCGGUGGACGUCUGGUUAUAAGCUCCAUUAUCGACUCGUGUGUCUCCUGCUCUGUCCAGGCAAUAAAUCCAUCUACUGUGUCCUUAUUGUACAUCUGUGUGUAUUCCUGGCUUCAAGCCCCUACUCACCUGCUACUCUGUGUGUGUGUGUGUGUGUGUGUGUGUGUGUGUGUGUGUGUGUGUGUGUGUGUGUGUGCGCGCGUGUGUGCACAAACUUGCAUGUAUGUAAGACAACUUCUGUUAUUUUAUGGUCAACUUUGUGUUCUUACUGUAAAUUCAUCUGGCAGAAAAUAAUGGCAAUAUUGAGAUUUUUGUGGAAGAAAAAUGUGAAUGUAUCACUCUUGUAAGUUAUGUUGAUCCAUUUAAUGGAGAUAAUCAAAUGUAUGUGGAGAAUAGAGUUGUGUAUAUUAUUGUGAAGGGCCUGCCAGUCAUAGACGACUGAGCUGUAUGUUCAAAAGGUCCAUAAGUGUGAAAAUAUGUGAAGAGUUAUUUGCCAAAUGAUGCCCUGUGAAUAAUGUUAGAAACUGGAAAGGCAGGGAUUGGAUACUGUGCUGCUUUUGAACAUAUAUACAUUAAAAGCUAUGUUCUCUACCAAA